AAUCUAGGGUGCAAACUGCAAAUCCACCCCUCUCCGUCCGAAACGAGAGGCCUUUACUCUACUCCCCUCUACGACUCGCUCCGCCUCCCGUUGUCCCCUGCUCCGCUCCGCUCCUCCCCAUUUCCUGCAUUCCUUGCUCCCCAGUCCACAGGGCAGCGCCGGAAGCCCGAGCCCCACCGCGCCGGUGACUAUGAACGCGGGCGGGCGCCGGCGCUUCACCUCGGAGCAGCUCCUCUUCGACGUCCCCGCCAAUGCCGCGACGGCUGGCGGUGCCGGCAGGUGGACCCAGCGCGGCGGGCUGCGCCGCGGGGACGGGGAGAUCUUCGUGUCGGUGGACCCGGCGACGCCGGCACGGCUGCGCGGAGGGGACGCGGCGGCUGGGGAGUCUCCGGGCCAGAGGCACCAGCUCAGCCCCGGGCUGCUCGACCUCCAUGCCUUUGAUACCGAGCUUAUCCCCGAUUUUCAAGUACAAGGAAUGUAUGAUGGUGCUGAAAAGUUUGGUUAUUCCAAUGGAGAAGGCUUUGAAGAUUCGAAUAUGAGCUUUGGUACAGACAAGCAGAUGAGCAAGUCCGCUGUUUUUGCUGAAAGUAACUACCUCAAGGCCUUCCCUGAGAAAGAGAAGGCAGCUCCUGUUGCCAAAAUCAAAGUGGUGGUGCGCAAAAGACCUCUGAACAAGAAGGAGAUAUCGAAGAAAGAAGAAGAUAUCAUAGACAUUGAACAAAAUUCUUUGACUGUCCAUGAGACUAAACUUAAGGUUGACCUCACUGAGUAUGUCGAAAAGCAUGGAUUUGUGUUCGAUGCUGUUUUGGAUGAGGACGUUUCAAAUGAUGAGGUGAUCAAUAAUCUGCACACUCUAUAUAAUUGUAGUAUUAGGUAUUAUAAAUUUAUUCUCAACAACCUGAAUUCAUUCUAUUUACAGGUUUAUCGUGAAACAGUGGAACCGGUGGUUCCUGCUAUUUUCAAUCGUACAAAGGCAACUUGUUUUGCAUACGGACAAACCGGUAGUGGAAAAACCUACACCAUGAGACCACUUCCUCUAAAGGCCUCCCAGGACAUUUUGAGACUAAUGCACCAUACAUAUCGGAAUCAGGGGUUUCAGUUAUUUUUUAGUUUCUUUGAGAUCUACGGAGGGAAAUUGUAUGAUCUGCUUAAUGAAAGGAGUAAACUUUGCAUGAGAGAAGAUGGAAAACAGAAAGUUUGCAUUGUUGGUUUACAAGAGUACAGGGUGUCUGAUCUUGAAACUAUCAAGGAGUUGAUUGAGAGAGGUAAUGCCACCAGAAGUACUGGUACAACUGGUGCGAACGAGGAGUCGUCACGAUCUCAUGCCAUUCUUCAGCUUGCCAUCAAACGGCGUGUUGAUGGCAAUGAGUCUAAGCCACCCAGAUUGGCCGGCAAGUUGUCGUUUAUUGACCUGGCUGGCAGUGAGCGUGGUGCUGAUACAAAUGAAAAUGAUAAACAAACAAGAAUUGAGGGUGCUGAGAUCAAUAAAAGUUUGCUUGCUUUAAAGGAAUGCAUCAGAGCACUCGAUAAUGAUCAGAAUCAUAUUCCCUUCCGUGGUAGCAAGUUGACUGAAGUUUUGCGAGAUUCAUUCAUUGGAGACUCGCGCACUGUCAUGAUAUCAUGCAUUUCCCCUAGUUCUGGCUCUUGUGAACAUACACUGAACACAUUGAGAUAUGCUGAUAGAGUGAAGAGUCUGUCAAAAGGAAGCAACAGCAAGAAAGAUGUGCCUUUGGCCGCUGCACCUUUACGAGAAUCGAGUCCUUCCCCAUUGGCUUCGGUUGUACCCUCUUUCUCUGCAGCUGAGGUAAUGAAUGAUAUCACUGAAAGGAGUAAGUUUGGUUGGCCCAAGCAGCAGUAUGCCAAAGAACAGCCAUCACCAUCGUUUGUGGAUAGAAUACCCAAGGGUAGGGAAGAUACUGAGUUCAGUUCGGCGAAUGGUGGUUAUUUCAAUGAACAAAGAAGCAGAGUUACUGCAGCAACAGGCAUAGCCGUGGUACCAGAUACAAUGUACCAGCAGGGAAGGCAACAGGCACGGAAGGGUAGAGAUCCAGCUUCGGAGAAUAAUAUGAGAAAUUCUGUUGCUUACCCAAUUAGAACGGCUGUGCCAGACGAAGAUGACCAUCUGAAUGACCUCCUUCAGGAAGAGGAAGAUUUAGUGAGUGCUCACAGAAAGCAGGUGGAAGAGACCCUGGAUAUCAUUAAAGAGGAGAUGAACUUACUAGAUGAAGCAGAUCAGCCUGGCAACCAACUAGACGACUACGUUACAAGACUAAGCGGUAUCCUCUCACAGAAAGCUGCUGGAAUUGUGGAUUUACAGGAUCGUCUGGCACAGUUCCAGAGGCGCUUAAACGAGAAUAGCGUGCUGCUAUAUUCCGAGUGCCCUUGAUCACAAGAGCGGCCUAUUCGUCCGCUACUCCGUCUCCGAGGGUAAUGAGGAAGUUGGGGACAGAGGCAGCAGAGUCGAUCUGCCCCCAUGAGCUCUGCACCGAUGUGGUCUCGCCUUUGCGAACCCGGUGCGCCGAUGCAGUUCUGAACCCAUAGAUGCGGCAAAUGCAGAACUAGGUGGCUAGUUGACUGCUGCUUGCCGUGGCCGACUCGGUAGCAUAUUUGUACCCGAGUCGUUCCAUGGUGUGCGUGUGCUUCGUACUUCCGUUCAAUCCAUGUGUAUGUAUAUCCGCGUCACAUGAGUACCCUGCUAUUUGUUCAUCAACAAAUAUGCUAUUUUUACUGCGGUGCAUGAAGAUUCCGGUA